UUCACGUUGGACGCUCCUUCAAGUUUCCUAAUCGACUCUGGACUGCAGUACCGAUGGCUUCUCUGGGUCUCCAGAUCAUGGGCAUGCUGCUGGCCUUCAUUGGCUGGCUGGGCACCAUCAUCACAUGCAUACUCCCCAUGUGGAGGGUCACUUCGUUUGUCAGCAUGAACAUUAUCACUGCCCAGGAGAUCUGGGAAGGUUUGUGGAUGAGCUGUGUGAUGCAGAGCACGGGACAGAUGCAGUGCGAUAUGUACGACUCCAUGCUGUCUUUGCCUCAGGACCUGCAGGCUGCCCGGGCCAUGGUGGUUGUCUCUGCCAUAAGUGGUGUGUUCGGGGUCUUCACAGCCGUGGUUGGAGGAAAAUGCAUGAACUGCAUUGAGGAUGAAACAACCAAAGCCAAAGCCUGCAUUAUGUCUGGGGUGAUUUUCAUCAUAGCCGCUCUACUGGUCCUGAUUCCAGUGUCGUGGUCAGCUCACACAGUGAUCCGGGACUUUUAUAAUCCCCUGCUGACCGAUGCUCAGAGGAGGGAGCUCGGGGAAGCCCUCUACAUUGGCUGGGCUUCCUCUCUUCUGCUGCUGCUGGGAGGAGGUUUGCUCUGCAGCAGCUGCCCCUCGGGAGACAGCAGACCCUACGUACCUUCUAAGUUUGUUCCUGUGAAAAAAACAUCCUCGGCUGUGGACUAUGUGUGAGUGUUUAAAAUGAAGCUGU